AUGGGUAUUAAACACCUUUACCAAGUGAUCUCCGAAAAUGCCCCCGAUGCGAUCAAGACUGGGGAGAUCAAGAACCAUUUCGGCCGCAAGGUCGCAAUUGAUGCAUCCAUGAGCAUCUACAGUUUCCUCAUCGCCGUGCGGUCCGACGGCCAGCAGCUCGCGACCGAAACCGGUGAAACGACCUCACAUUUGAUGGGUAUGUUCUACCGAACACUGCGCAUGGUCGAUAACGGCAUCAAGCCUCUCUACGUAUUCGACGGUGCUCCGCCUAAAUUAAAGUCCGGAGAGCUAGCAAAGCGUCGCGCACGAAACGCUGAAGCCACAGAGGCUCAUGAAGAGGCCAAAGAAACUGGAACGGCCGAGGAUGUUGAGAAGUUUUCGCGACGAACCGUGCGGGUCACUCGUGAGCACAACGCCGAGUGCAAAAAGCUGCUGACCUUGAUGGGUAUUCCAUAUAUCGAUGCUCCUACUGAGGCCGAAGCACAAUGUGCCGUUUUGGCGCGUGCGGGUAAAGUCUACGCUGCUGCGUCUGAGGAUAUGGAUACCCUAUGCUUCGAGUCGCCGAUUCUGCUGCGCCAUUUGACAUUCAGCGAGCAGCGCAAGGAGCCGAUCCAGGAAAUCCACCUGGACAAGGCAUUGGAGGGUCUGGACAUGGACCGCAACCAGUUCAUCGACCUCUGCAUCCUCCUCGGCUGUGACUACCUCGAACCGAUUCCCAAAGUGGGCCCUUCGACCGCUCUCAACUUGAUCCGCGAACACAAGAGCCUGGAGAAAGUAGUGGAGUACAUGCAGAAUGACCCGAAGAAGAAAUUCGCCAUCCCGGAUGACUGGCCAUACCAGGAUGCGCGUGACCUCUUCACUGCUCCUGACGUUCUUGCUGCAGACCACCCUGACUGUGACUUCAAGUGGGAUGCUCCCAACGUAGAUGGCUUGAUUGAAUAUCUUGUUAGUGACAAGGGAUUCAAUGAGGAUCGCGUCCGCAACGGGGCCGCGCGCCUCCAGAAGAACUUGAAGAGCGCACAACAGUCGCGACUGGAGGGUUUCUUCAAGCCCGUUGCACGCACCGAUGAUGAGAAGGCCAGUCUAAAGCGAAAGCACGACCAGAAGAUCCAGGAUCAGAAGAAAAAGAAGAAGGAAGAUGCUAAGUCGAAGAAGGAAGCCAAGGCCAAGCCGCGUGCUGCGGGUUGA